AUGCCGUCCCUCGAAGGUCUCACAGAGGGGCAACCGACCCUGGACGCGAUUACCAACGCAACCCAGGAAGCCGAAGAGCUCAUCUUUCCCCCAGUCACCAAGGAACACAUCCUCAACUGUGCCUACGACGCCUGGUUUCCCAAAUAUCGCACCGUCUCAAUUCGCUCCCGCAUCAUCAAGCUCUCCCCAGACUUCGUACAGUACAUCCGUGACGACGGCAUCAUUCUCGCGGACGAUGACGCCGCCCAGCCAGACUCAAAUGAGGAAGAGGAAGAAUGGGCGCCUUCAUCAAACACAUCCGGCGCCCCUCGGAGAAAUCAGCAUCUCUACGAGGACUCCGACUCCGACUCGGAGCCAGAGGCAGACUCGCGCCCGCCAAACGAGCGCUUUCCGGAGAUUCACCAGGAGAUCAAGGACCGCAUCAAGGAGCUCGGCGGCUCCGUGGCUCCCAAGCUGAACUGGUCCGCCCCCAAGGACGCGGCCUGGAUCUCGCCGCACCAGAACACGCUCAAGUGCACCACGCCCAACGACAUCUACCUCCUGCUCAAGAGCUCGAGCUUCGUGAGCCACGACCUCGAGCACGCCUUCGACGACACCGUCGCCUCCUCCACGAACCGCCCUUUCCAGCCCGUCCUCGUCCUCCGCCCCUUCUUCGCGCCGAACCCGGCCCUGGAGUUCCGCUGUUUCGUCAAGCACCGCGCGCUCAUCGGCCUCUGCCAGCGCGACUGGAACCACUACCCCUUCCUCGACGGCCUGCGCUCCGCCCUGGUGUCCAAGAUUGAGGACUUCUUCGAGGACCGGCUGCGUUUCACGUUCCCAGACGGCUCCUUUGUGUUUGACGUGUACGUGCCGGGCGACAGCGAUUCGUACGAUGAGCUAGGCAAGGUGCGGCUGAUCGACAUCAACCCGUGGGCGCCGCGGACGGACAGCCUGCUUUUCACGUGGGGUGAGCUGCUCGAGUUCAAGGUACCGAGGCCGAUAUUGGGGUCCGUGGUGAAUGAGGAGGCUUUCGAGGUGAGGAUUCCAAUGUCCGGGAAUAGGGGCGACUGGAGCGAGGGUAGCGCGGCGGAGGAAGAGACGACAGACGACGAGGACGCGGACGAGGUCGUCCCUGAGCUGAGGAUCGUGGAGAAGGAUAACCCCGCGGCCUUCAACUUCAGUACGCCACAGUACUCGGCGCAUAAGCUGCCCAAGGAGGUUGUUGACGCCAGUAUGGCGGGCGAGGGCGGUUUGAGGGAGUUUGCGCAAAGGUGGAAGGAGAUGACCGAGGCAGAGGGCGGUGGGGAUGUAUGGGAGAAUGCCCCAUAA